UAAACACCAUAAAUUGCAACAUUAUAUCUCAGACAAGGAAAUGAAGAAUUUGUGUUGGUUUUAAGGAGGUGACCUCCUAGUUUGCACUUCUCCCAGCUGAAGUCUGCUGGUGUGUUGGAGCAUGUCGGGUCAGUCUAUUACUGUGCUUCUAAAAGUGUGCACUCCGGCUCAGAGGUUCCCUGUUGAGACGAAAAAAAAUGAACCUGCCGUCCAGAGAGGAGUGUGAGGGGUGGGACCAGGCACAGGUAGCCUGUUUCAUGAGCAAGAACAAAAUGCCUGAAUGUGCUGCUGUCGUAAACAGACUGAGGAUUAAUGGACAAAAACUUCUGAGCCUAUCUGACAGAGACAUGAGCAAGUUCAGUGUCAUCCAUCAACCGCAGCUUCAGAAGAUUGUCCAAGAUAUCAAGAAAAAUGAUGGCAGCUUACUGAACAAACUGAAAAGACUGAAAAGCAAACCAGUUCCAAAAGUACCUGCGAGAGAUUACAGAGCAGAAGAUUGUGAUGACCAGCUGUCUGAUUCUGAUUAUGAUAAUGACAUGUAUGAAAAUCCUCACGAGGAGCACGAUGACAGCUACAUGCCUCCUCCCAGCCACAGAGCCUUCACCACAACUAACUCUGCUUCCUUCCAGAGGGGGGAGUAUCUCGACAACUGCCACAACCAACCUGAGCGGCCGCCCAGGAAGCCCCUCCGCCCAGUCAAAGCCUCCAAAGAGCUGCCCCCUAAACCACCUCAAGGGGGGAGCGAUGAAGAAGACUACAUCGAUCCAGAUGGCAGUAACUAUGACGAAGACGACUACGUACAACCUGAUGAAAAUCCACCUCCCAAACCUGUGCAGCAGGGAGGGAACAGGACAGGCAGAGACCACCCUAGGUUGCCUUCACCUUUACCAUUGCGUACACCCAGUCCUGGUGUUUAUAUUGUCCCUGACAAAGAGGAGAGCUCGUUACAUCUUUCAGCUAGCAGGUUGUGUCCAACCCCCGCGAAACACUCACCGUCUCUGCCACCAAAACCAGGCCCAAGAAUUAAUAUAAGAUCUCCUGUGCCUGUUGAGGAGCCCAUUGACGAUGAUGAAUAUGAAGUAUGCGACCCAGAUAAUAGUUCCAGUAAUAAACCCUCAGACACUCCACCUAAACCCUUCCCCAAGCCUUUACCCAGAGAAAGGUCACCAAAACCACCUUUGAGACCGAGGCCAGAAAUAAAACCAAGGGAGUUUGAAAGUCGAACACUGCCUGUGAUGCCAACUGAGCCAAAGAUUCCACCAAAAACGUUUACACUGGACCUGAAACGACCAAAGAUUCCUCUUCCACAGUUUACCUCCCCCACAGCUGACAAGAGUGUUUCUCCUGAAGAUGAAUCAGCAAAUCAAGACAAGGAUGCAGAUGUGUAUAGGAAAUCCUGGUACGCCAACACAUGUGACCGCAAGACUGCUUACGAGGUCCUAUACCGAGCAAAUAAAGACGGGGCGUUUAUGGUGAGAAAGAGCUCAGGUCAGGACAUGCAGCAGCCGUACACGCUGGUGGUAAUUUAUCAUGGCAGAGUAUACAACAUCCCUAUCCGCUUCAUCCCAGGUACUAAGCAGUACGCUCUGGGAAGUGAGAAGAAAGGGGAGGAGUAUUUCAACAGCGUGGCUCACAUCAUUGAGAAUCACCAGAGGACUCCUCUUGUGCUGAUUGAUAGUCAGAGUAACAGUAAGGACUCCACCAAACUGUGCCACCCUGUGAAGCCCUAAAUGAGCGAACAGACCACUGACCGGACUUGUGUGUCCCACCAGCUGCUGCUGUGUUCACCACCAGAAUCCUGACUGUCUGAUUUCCCUCCACCUGCUGGAAUUAGAAGUUCUGUUAGCAGGUUUGUGUGCUCGUCUCGCCUGCAUGGCUGGACCAGCAGAGAAGAAAUAGAACCAUACUGAGAAGAAUUUUUGACUCAUGUUAUAUAAAGGUGUGUUCUUAAUGCUCAGUGUUAUAAAAUGCAUGAAAAUGUAUGUGACAGUGUUGGUGUAGCUGAGAAGGCAGCUGGACAAAUCAUUUCUCUAUGCCUUUGCAGAGCCAAAGAAACAAGUUUGUAUAUUUUGUUUUUAAUAAAACUCUUGAGUUGUACAAGUCACAUGUUCAGUCAUCACAAAAUGCCACCAGGAACUGACAGACUGGUUCAUUAUCUUUCUGGUAAACACGUAAUGCUAUCAUACUCAUGCACAUUUUGUUGCAUAACAGAGAGUCCUAGGCACUUAGUGAAAAUUAUCUGGUCAUAGUUUACAGUACCUCUAUCUGGACUAUAUACAAUUAUAAAUCUAUGUGAAUUUAAAAAGGUAUAUAUACACAGUGAAGUGUUCCCCUCAAGAACAAGGAUGCAGGACGUUCGUCCACUAACAUGCACACAGGAGCCACCGUCCCCCCCUGCUGGGAAUACUGAGGGACUGAGGAAAUGUUGAGCCACAGCAGGACUCUGGCUGAGAUUGUCAAAGGCUUCGGCCUGAUAAUGUGAGGUAACGGGAAAUAUUAACCCUCAUGUCAUAGUGCAAUUAAAAGAUACGAUUAUCAGUUCAAGUCAAAAAAAAAAGAGGAAAUUAACUGAGAGAGAAAUAAUCAGAUCAUCUAGGCUUCUUGCAUCCCGAUUUAAAAAGAAAAGAUUCUGCUUGUACUUCAUCGAAAUCACAAAACACAGGUUGACUUUUCUAAAUGAAGGAUUAUUAAAACUAUAUUUGGACUUUUUUUUUUGGAGUUUAAAAAAAACAUCUUACAUAAGCUGAUUCUUCUGAGGGCCCAAAAACACACAAGCAUAUAAAGGCUAAACCCUACAAGUUAUAAAUAAAUGUUGAAUAAAACA